GUGCAACAGUAAGCAGCAGUUGGCGUAAGCGCUUGGAAGACGGCCCGCUGAAGAACGUGAGAUGGCCGGGUCAAAGCUACGGAGCGGCACUGUGGUGGGAGACUUGGCAGCACUGCUGGAGUCCGGCUACGACUCUGACGUCACCCUGGUGGCCGGCGAGGCAAGAAUCGAGGCGCACAGGCUGAUACUGUCCGCCCGGAGCCCUGUCUUCGCUGCCAUACUGCGGCGCCACCAGCGCGAAGCCUCCCUCGAGAUCCCAGACACGGAGAAGGACGUCCUACGCCAACUGCUGACCUUCAUCUACACCGACGAGGCGCCCGAGCUGGUCAGGAUGGCCCCACAGCUGCUCAUCGCGGCAGACAAAUACGACCUGCAGAUUCUCAAGGACCGGUGCGAACAGCAGCUGAUCCGGGACCUAAAUGUGGAGAAUGCAGCAGACAGCGCCGUCCUGGCAGUCGAGCGGUGCUGUCCAGAGCUGAGGCGGGCCGUCGUCAGCUUCAUCAGGAGCCACUCUCUCAGCGUCAUGGGCACACGCGGCUGGAGCGACGCCCUGCACAGCCACCCCAAAGCCCUUUCGCAGGUCUCGCGCCUGGUUUCAGCCCCAGCACAAACGGAAAGCAGGACUCCACUCCAGCGUGUGGGAAGCGCCCAGGAAACCUACAGAGCCCCCAGGGGUCCUGAGGAUCUGGCCAGUAGGCGCAGUCCAGGAUUGGUGAGAUCCAAAUCCAGAUCUCAUUUGGAUGGCCUUGACCUUACGGAGGGGCCCCAAAGUCCGAACGACUUAGGCUCAAGAGAAAAGUCUGAAUCCAGUACUGCCGACUGGUUUGCCAUGCGAAUGACCAAAGCAACUGGAGCCAAGUCUGGUCCACUUUCUCCACACUCUCAGACACCAGCACAAGAAUCACAAUCCUCUGGCAAGUCUUCUUCAGCUGAGGACAGGCCAGAGACCAGUAAUAAACCUGAUCUAGAUAAUUAUCCGUGGUGGUACGUACCAUCUCAAAGACAGAAAUAUAAGACAGAGUCCAGUGAGUCUUCCAAGAAGUCAACAUCAACUGGAGACAGAACAGCUAAUGAUGAUUUACCGUGGUGGUAUUAAAUAGAUGAAGACAAAAAUAUACAACACAUUAGCAGGUUAUUCCUCCAUCCUCAUUUGUUCCAUAGUCUCAGAUGCGAUGCGAGGUAGCAUUUUUUUCCAUGAAACUGAAUACAUCUCUGGCUACUACUGUAUAAAAAAUAGUAUUUGCCUGCUGCAACAUUCCAUCUCUGAAGACGAAAAUGUGACGCCAAACUGGUGCUCAAAGUAAGCGCAGGCCACUUCCACACUUGUUCUAAAUACGAAAUGAGGAAUUGUAGUCUUACCAGGCGCCACAACUUGUGAAACUGCCAGAGUUAAAUAACAACCUCAGCUAGCAGAUGUAAAUCACCACAAUUACACUCUCUUUAGAGGUACCUUCAGUUUCUACACAUACAGAUGCUCACGGCAGUAUCAAACUACUUCUGCCCUAAUUCAAAACUCAAAGCAGGUGCCACAGUCAUUUGUAAUGGCGUCGAAUCACUGUAGAAUUCAAAAGUCCAAUAGCAAAUCUACACAAGAAGAUGAAGCCAGUAAACCAUUUAAGUCUAUAACUCCUUCCAAGUCACCUUCAAUAUGUGAAUACGCAAACGAGUACGUUUAUUCCAUUUUAGCCAUAGUCUCAGCUUUUGACAUGCAUGCCACAGUCUAUUGCGGAUUCGCCUCCAACUGAGGAGAGACCAGAGACUAGAAUUUGGCCAGUAGAUUAAAAGAUUUCCAUUUAAGAAACGUCUAUUCUGUGAAUAAAAAAACAGUAUAGUUAUUUAUUUUUGCCUUUACACCAAUUGUCUAUGCAUCUAAUAUUACAAAUAUCUUUGCACUACUCACUGUUUUUGUUUCAAAUACCUGCUGCGCCACCUACUUCCGUUAUUUUGUACUAACAGCAAUAAUUUCAUUACCUCCCUGGUUUCUACUUAGUAUGUCAGUUGUCUUUCAACCUUCUUACAGGCUCUCAGGCUUGUGUGGCACCAGCUGUGAAGAGAGCUUUUGGCAGCAGUGAUUUCAAUCGAAAAAUGCCAAUUCUACACAGAUAUCUUAAUAUUUCAAAAUAAACCUGCAAUGCUGAAUUAACACUGUUUGUUUUUGCUUCUUAUUAACGCCCAAUUUUCUUCUGGCGUAAUCUAAGUUUACCUAGAUCAUUAGGUGUUGGAGAAAUACUACGUUUUAGUAUAUCCAUAGUGGAUGACGAACCGCGACUGUGAUUUAAAUUGGCUAUUUAUCUUGUAAUAAAUUGCCAGUACUACGUUUUUAAAGACAGGUCUAAAGUCACC